AUGGCAUUACGGAAUGUUUAUCUAACCCUCAUGGUCAUCUUGACUUUCAUGCCCUCACCGCUGCAUUCAUCAUAUUCACAGCCUAUUCCUGAAGUUCCCACACUCUCAUCUUCACCAGCAACACUAACAGAUCCUCCUCCAUCUUCACUAUCCCCUUUCCAAGAAUUGUCCCCAGACAUUGCUCCACUGUUGCCUUCACCUGGCGGCGUGUUGCCAACUCCUUCUGGCUCUGACAUUCCCACCAUUCCUUCCAAUCCAAGCCCUCCAAACCCAGAUGACUUAAUAGCUCCUGGACCUCUUUCUGCUCUUUCACCAUUUGGAUCAAUGCAGGCUUCCUCCAAUGCCCCUAGAAGAAGUGUAGUUGGUAGUGUAGCCACAGUUGUUUUUGCAGGUUUCGCAGUAUACUGGUCUUUGCACUGUACGAGAGUAUGA